AACCCAGAACAAAACCUCAACGGCAGCUCCACUGCGGCAGUAAGCAGCUCCGGAAGCGGAAGCAAACGAUGAACAAUUUCAAUCCUUUCUAUCUAAUCUUCAAAGCGAAAGGAAGAGCACGUCUCAUAGCCCACCUCAGAUACUUCGCAAAUACAAGCUACAGGCAAUUGGGUGAAUGUCUCGAGUUCCCCAUCAAGGUCGUGCUCUCCCCUUUCACUCUCCCUUUUGACAUUGCCGGCUCUGCUCCUCGCGGCUUUGGCGUCCCCGAGUUCAUCUCCAAACUCUCCGCCGCUUCAGUCUUUGCUGUUGCUGCAUUGGGAACCUAUGAUGUUGCAUUAGAACUGGGAAAGAAGGUGAUAUGUCAAAGGAACUGUAGGACCUGCAGUGGAUGGCAGGCCUUACGUUGUACCAUGUGCAAAGGAUCAGGGGAGGCGCGCUACCAUGUCAAAAAUUACACCUUGAGAAGUGGAGAAAGGCCUACAGCUGCACAUGUUGCAGAUGCCAUAGUUGAUGAUAGAGCUGAGUUGGUGCAUCUUCCAUCCAGCUUUGAUCUUAACUCACCAUUACCCUUCAAAGACUGCCCAACUUGUGAUGGAACGGGUGUAAUGGGUUGUCCUGAAUGCAAACACAAAUUACAAGUCAGGAUCUCUGUAGAUGAUAUCAUGGAGCCUCCAUGGAAAGCCUGUGAUGUGCUGAGAAAGAUGGACUAUCCCUACGAGCACAUUGUUCACAGCAUGCAAGACCCCAGCAUUGCAGCAUUUUGGUUGUUUACCUUGCCUCAAGUUUUGGGUGGAUUUGACCAUGAUGAUGAUGUGAAGCAGAAAAUCUGGUGGCAAUACAAGGAAUCUAUGCGAUAUGAUCAGCUUCGGGAUGUGGUGGCUAAGCGAAAUCCUGGUUGGGAGCACCUGCAGGAAGCCUUGAUUACCAUAGAUCCUGACCGUGCUAGGGAAGACCAUGUUGUAGUGAAAAAUAUCCCUUACCACAAAGCCAGAAAGGCACUUGAGGCAGAAGUGCUGAAGCUUGAUCCUCCUCCACGACCAGAUAAUUGGGGCGAGCUGGACCUUCCACUGAGUGAAUCUUCUUGGAGUGAGGCUGAUCUUAAGGAUCCAGCAAAACUGUAUGAAAUGACUGUUCUUCUUAAUGCCCAAAGAGAAAUAGCAGAUAAAAUUUUAGAUGCACAAUGGGAAACCAAAUGGCGCCAAGAGAAGCUGAACGAGAUGUUGGAGGAGAAGUUACUGCCAUACAUUCUGAAAAUUGAUAAUGCUCCCCUUCCUCAAUCUAUUGUAACAGAAUCACAAAAUCGGGAUCAAAAGUUGAACAAGAGGUUGAAGGGGAAGGUACGGCCAUAAUAUGGAUAAUGCAGCUCUUCCUCGGGCUAUUGUAAUAGGAUCAUAAAAUUAUAUCAAAAGCCAGCUCAGUGAAGGAGACGGUUUUCUACUAAAUAGUUUCACCUACUUUUGUUCCUGGUAAUGAUUAUAUGGCUGUACUCUUAUCAUCACUUCUCCUGCUUCCAUAUUUUUUAUUUUUCAGGCCACUAAGAAUGUACUUACUAGAUGAUGAGAAUAAAUACUAUCAUAUCUAUGUUCUGUUGUUGUUGUUUUUUUUUUGAACAAGAAGUUGGAAUUCAAACUCCAUAUUUCGAUUUACAUGGGAAUGCCCUUACAACAAAAUAGGUGUACAGUAAGCCACAGAAGAUUUCUCUAUGUUCCUAUGUUGUUUAACUUUCAUUUGGUUAAAAUCUCUGGCCACCCUUGUAGGGGGAGGCUGCUUGUUCCCAGAUUGUGGUUGCUAUAAAAUCACAGAUAAACU